GUAUCGAUCGAAACGGAGCGACUAAUUUCCCUGAUAUUUGAUGUCUACCUAAUACAAGGCUAUGGGGGCACUGAAGUGUGCGGUGCAUCCCAUGCCCGGGAUGCCUAUGAUCUCACUUUUGGUAAUACCGGUCCUCCAGUAUCAGGAUUUAGGGUCCGACUCGUGGACUGGGCUGACGGCGGAUAUUCGGUACGCGACAGACCUAACCCGAGGGGAGAGAUUGUCAUGAAUGGCGGAUCAAUAGUGUCCGGGUAUUUCAUGAUGGAAACCGAGACUAACGACGCCUUCCGCUAUGAAAAUGGAGAGAAAUGGUACUAUUCUGGGGAUAUCGGAGAGAUCGAGAGCACCGGGCGUUUCAAAAUAAUAGACCGCAGAAAGGAUUUACUGAAACUUCAAAACGGAGAGUACUAUUCGUUGGGCAAAGUGGAGGCCGCCCUCAAG